AAAAAGUUAUCCCCUUUGCUCUGUUUUUCCUCUGUUUUUCUUCUGUUUUUCUUCGUUUAAGUGAAUGAGAAAAGUUACUGAUUGUGUUACCAAGUUGGUAUUGUUUAGCCUGUUCCAUUUACCAUUAUCAUUCCGUUUUAUCUUUACAGAGUUGCAGCAUGGGUAUAAUGGAUCUAAGAGCAAAGAAAUCGUCUUGUGAAGAAACGAUGAGUGAGAACAACAAGAAGUUUUGUACUGAUUGCAAAACCACAAAGACUCCUCUUUGGAGAGGUGGCCCUGCUGGUCCCAAGUCACUUUGCAAUGCAUGUGGGAUCAGACACAGGAAGAGAAGAAGAGCAAUGUUGGGUUUGAACAAGGGAGAAGAGAAGAAGAAGAAGAAGAAGAAGAGAGAGAUAUCAGAUUCAUCACACAGCAGCUCUAUUGCCACUUCAAAUGAGGAUUGUAAUAAGAAGCUUAAUGCCAACUUUAAUGGACUUAGUGACGAAGUGAAGAUGAGAUUAUAUGCUUUGGGAAGUGAAGUUUUGUUGCAAAGUUCAUCAUCAUUAUCUGGGGUGGUGAAGAAACAAAGGUGCCAGAGGAGAAGAAAGUUGGGAGAAGAAGAACAAGCUGCUAUUUCUUUGAUGGCAUUGUCUUGUGCCUCAGUUUUUGCUUGAACUAUGAAGAGACAGAGAAACCAAAAAAACAAAAACUAACCCAUAAAGUUCAUUGUUUUUCAUCGACUUUUCCUGGGUUUUUCUUUAGCCUUUUCUUGUUAAUGAAAUGAAAAAUAUCCAUGUUCUUGACAUCUGUUCUGUUUUUACCUCUUGGGAAAUAGUAAUGUUUUUGGGAAUAGCUGAAGAUGAUGAUGAUUGUAAAUAGUACUUUGGAAAUGAAUGAAGAAUGAGAAUUUAAUGUUUC